CGCCACAAGAUGGCGCCCGGGUCUGUUGCAGCUGGGUCUGUUUGAAGCUCCCUCCUUGUCGGUGACCUGUUUUCUCGCGAUGACAGCUUCCUGCAGAUUUGCUGAAACUGACGGCUCUCCUUAACAGACUGGAGGAUGAACAGAGAAGGCAAGAGGGUUGUCGGAGUUUAGCUGGUCGGCAUGCAUAGGAAGCAGCUGUUUGAUUGAAUUUUCCCUGUUUUUUGUUUCGGGUAGAGCGAAUGCUGCUGGAGGAUAUAGUGAAGAAAUGAGCAACAGUAUGGAGGGUGCAGCAGGACCAGGCACCAGGGCGAAUGGACCGGUCCCGGCGCCCAACGCGGACCAGGUACCGCCGUCACCGGGUCUGCCUCUGGCCCCGGAGGAGCUGGUAGAAGAGCAGCCGUCUUCACUGACAGACGUCUCUCAAAUGUGGAUUAAAUUUGCCAAAACGUUUGCUGUCAUAUUCCCCAUCUACGUGCUGGGAUACUUUGAGUUUAGCUUUAGCUGGGUCCUGAUUGGACUCGCCAUGCUUUUUUACUGGAGGAAGAACCAUGGCAGCAAGGACUACAGGAUAAACCGGGCUUUGGCUUUCCUAGAUCACAAGGAUACGACCGCGAAGCAGAGUCUGCCAGCAACGGAGCUGCCACCCUGGGUUCAUUAUCCAGAUGUGGAGCGAGUGGAGUGGCUCAAUAAGACGGUGAAGCAGAUGUGGCCGUUCAUCUGCCAGUUUGUGGACAAACUGUUCAGGGAGACCAUCGAGCCGGCUGUGAAGGGUGCCAACCCUCAUCUCAGCACCUUCUGCUUCACCAAGAUCGACAUGGGAGACAAGCCGCUCAGAGUGAACGGGGUGAAGGUUUACACAGAAAAUGUGGACAAGAGGCAGGUCAUCAUGGACCUGCAGAUCAGUUUUGUUGGUAACACAGAAAUUGACAUCGACAUCAAGAAGUUCUACUGCAGGGCUGGAAUCAAAAGCAUACAGCUUCAUGGCAUGCUGAGGGUGGUGAUGGAGCCUCUGCUGGGGGACAUGCCUCUGAUCGGAGCCCUGUCUGUCUUUUUCCUCAAUAAACCUAUGUUGGACAUUAACUGGACGGGACUCACAAAUAUGUUGGACAUUCCAGGUGUUAAUGGUUUGUGCGACGGCCUCAUCCAGGACAUCAUCUACAGCUACUUGGUGCUGCCGAACCGCCUCAACAUCCCUCUGGUGGGAGAGGCUGAACUGGCCAGAAUCCGCUUCCCCAUUCCAGAGGCCGUGGUAAGAAUCCACUUUAUUGAGGCUCAGGACCUGGUGGGCAAGGACAAGUUCCUGGGAGGACUAAUCAAGGGCAAGUCCGACCCAUAUGGAGUCAUCCGGCUUGGCACACAGGAAGUCAAGAGCAAAGUCAUCAACGAGAAUCUCAAUCCUAGAUGGAACGAGGUCCAUGAGUUCUUGAUGUACGAUAACACGGCAAAAACGAUGGAAAUUGUACUGUUUGAUGAAGACCCAGAUGAAGAUGACAAACUGGGAAAUGUGAUGAUCGACAUGUCGGAACUCAAGAAGGAACAAAUUGUGGAGGAGUGGUUUAAUCUGGAAGAUGUUCCCAAAGGAAAGCUGCACCUGAAGAUGGAGUGGUUGUGUCUGCUGCCCUCACCUGACAAGUUGGACCAGGCGUUGUUGCAGGUCCGGGCGGACGGCUCUCGCUCCACUGACGGUCUGUCGUCCGCAGUGCUCAUCGUCUUCCUGGAUUCUGCCAGAAACCUGCCGAGCGUCUUCGAGGGGAACUUGGGUUCAGGCUACUUAAAAGAGAGGCGCUCGGCGGGCCUCGUGUUUUGUGAGAACACGUCUUCUCUCUAUAGGACCUUGUUUUCUGGUAAAAAAGUGACCAGUGAUCCCAGUCCAUUGGUCCAGUUCAGAGUGGGACACAAGUCCUUUGACAGCAAGACCAAAUAUAAAACCACUGAACCAGUGUGGGAGGAAAACUUCACCUUCCUCAUCCACAACCCAAAACUGCAAGAGCUGCAGGUCGAGGUGAAGGAUGCAAAGCAUGAGUGUUCGUUGGGGACGCUGGCUCUGCCCCUGACCCGUCUCUUAGAGGCGGAGAACAUGACUCUGAGCCAGCGCUUCCCCCUCAAGAACUCUGGACCCAGCUGCACCCUCAAGAUGAAGAUGGCUCUGCGGGUGUUGUCUCUUGAAAAGACACCAACCUCGCCUUCAAACUCCACCCCAUCAUCCAUCCAGGUCCGCAAGUCCAGCUCUUCUACCCCACGACCCUCCGUUUCCUCAGAGGCCAGCAUGCCUCCGUCCUCCAUCUCAGACGUCCCCCGCUCCUCCACCGCCUCCGUCCAGGACCUGUCCGCCCGGCGGAAGGAGUCGGAGCCCCCAGUGAAGUCCCUGGGGAGCGUGGACUUGGAACAUGCUGGUGUUGGACGAGGAGCUGGAGGUCAGAGCCUAGCAGAAACUGGGAAGAGCACAUCCUACCUGGCUAUCUCUGGUUCCCAGCAGUUCCUGAAUGGGGGCAAAGAGCCAACACCCAGCAUCGCUUCGGAUAUUUCCAACCCCUACGCUGCUCAAGAGCUGCAUCAGAGGCUCCAGCAGCUGCCCAAUGGUUCAGAUUCCAGCCCUCUGGGCUCCAUCCAGCUGACCAUCCGGUACAGCACGCAGAGGAACAGGCUCAUCGUGGUCGUUCACUCCUGCAGAAACCUGAUUGCUUUCACGGAUCACGGCUCAAACCCGUACGCCCGUCUCUACCUGCAUCCUGACAAAAGGAGGUCGGGACGGAGGAAAACUCACACGCAUAAGAAAACACAGAAUCCGAAUUUUGACGAAACGUUUGAGUUCUCUGUCACCUGGAUCGAGCUCAGUAAUCGCAGUCUGGAUGUUGCAGUGAAAAACAGUGGAGGUCUGCUCUCCAAACAUAAAGGUCUUCUUGGAAAGGUCUCGGUGGAUUUAAAUCAUGAGGAUAUCACCAAAGGUUGGACACAAUGGUAUGACCUGACUAUCCACGGCCAAAUUCAACCAUAAGAAGUCUUCGUCAUCACCACACUUCCACUUAUGUCCACAGUACAUUUUUUAAUUAUCCUCACGCCUUUUAAAUGUGUAAAGACUAAGAAGAAAAGCAGCUUUAGACACUCAUUAAUCACAUCAGUCGCAAGGCAAGGCUUCCCUUUAAGAAGUGAGCAAAGAAUUUGAGAAAUGUAAAAAGAGUAUAUACAAGUUAACGUGCCAAGAUGGAAGUUUUUUCCCAUAUUUAUAGAAGCUAGAACAGUUUAUUUUCUGUUGCCACAUACACUAUAUAUGUAUGUUUGUAUAUACUGUAAAAUGAUGACGGACAAACUAAGAGACGGUUUAUAUUCUGCACAUAUUAGAGAGGCUGGUGUCUUAAUGGCCAAAGGAUUGUGUGUAAUUUAAUCAGAUUUUCUUCUAUUUUUUUUUUUAUUAUUUUCAUCCAAGCAUUCUUGAUGGUUGUUGAAGGGGAGUGUGUGUGGGUGUGUGGGUGUGUGUGUGUGUGUGUGUGUGUGUGUGUGUGAGGGCAGUUGAACCAAAGAGACGAGAAGUGUUUUAUUGCUUUAGUUCAGAUGACACAGCUACAUGCUGGCUUUUUAGCACUGUUAUAAAAAAAUAAAGAGACACGGGUGGAAGAACCAAAGAAGAAGAAAUUCACUCACUAAGUUGUUAACGUUUUUUUGUUGUUUUUUUUUGCUGUGCAGAAACACUCUUGUUACGAUGAAAUAAGACCAUUACCAAGUGUUACCUUUUUGGAAUUGAAUGUGACUCUUUGCAGAUGAAUAUUUUAAAACCUGAUAAUCAUUAGUAUUGAGUGUCAACAUUACAUCUAGAGAAGUGGAUGGAAAAGCCAUAAAAUGGUUGCGUUUCAGAGAUGAUUGUUUUUAAAGAGAAAUCUUUCCAUUCAGCUCAAGCCUGUUAAAUUUGGACGUCGCAGCAAAAAGUCAGUUAAAUUAGCUGUUAAUUUAUAAUAGACUAACUAUAGAACUUCUCUAUGUUUGAUCAGACAGACUAAAAUAACUAAACCUGCUGCUGCAGUUUUUGGUUUUAGCAUGUUUAAGUAGUUGUAAAAUGUUGGUUCCAGGUAUUACCUUCAAUUUCUUCAUUAUACUGAAGCCACUAUGUGUAGAUUUAUCAGGUUUCCCUACAAACAUCCUAUUAAAGCAAAACAUACAUUAUCAAUUAGUUUAAUUUUCUGAUUUUCAAUAGUCACAGCUAAAGUUUUUAACAUUUUCAAUUAAAUUUAACAUUAAAAUUGAGUGUUUCUAAUAAUUUUGCUUUAAUUCAGUGUUGCUUUCACAUCAUUAAAGGUCUUGAAAACAAAUUCUUAUCACUUUCUAAGUUUGGACCGGUAUUGGAAAAAAUACAAAAAAUUGAAAAUACUUACAUUUCCAGAAUUUAUUGUCUAUUCAUAAUGUAGAAAUAAAAAAUUUGAAAAAUAAAUAAAUAAAUUAAAAUAGCUCUUGGGAAUGCAUCUAAUUUUGAAUUGAAAAAUGUGACAGAAUCCUGUAAUUUAGUGCUUUAAUGGAAACUAAAAAAAUGGUUUAUUGUUUUUAAAACUCAACUUUGGUCCAGAUUAAAGUUGAGUUUUUUCAAAUAAAAUUUUUUCUCAUAAACACAUCAUCACUUUGCAUUGAUCUACAUGGAAACACCUGGCGCUUUCAAAACACCGUAGUAACCGCUGCAUGCCAAGCCUGCAGGUGGCGCUGUGAAGCUGUGAACGUUAAUGCACCAAAAACCGACAAUAAAGAUUCACCUGGGAUUAAAGGGUUAAUUUAGCAGCGGGGCUUAUGGCCGCUCUGGUUUCAUGUUUUUGCAGUCAAACACAAGUGAAAAAACUCAACACAUAAUUCUGCAUUUUAUUUAUUUUGUUGCCAGUGUUGUUUUUUUCAUCCAUCUGACUUGCAGUGCGCAGCAGCAUGUUGGGGAGGUUCAUGCUGCUCUGAUUCCGAUCCGGUUCCAGUCCUACUUUCAGAAUAAAACCAGUUCAUUUGGACUGGAAACAUGAUGGAGACGUUUUGGAAGAUUUACUUGGUGGUUUCAUUCCUGACUAAAUCUACACAUAGUGGCUUUAAAAAUGUCUAAAUUUGGAACCACUUUAACAUUUAUAACCUUCACAGCGGGCCUGGUUGUCACUUAUUUUACAGUAAGCUCUGUUGUCAAUACUUUAAUUUGUUCACAUUCUGUCUAUAGAAACAUUCAGUCUUAACUUUUUAUGUUUCACGUUGUAUUUAAAAGGAAACUCAGAAGAUGGAAUUUAAUUAUUAUUUUCUCUGAUAUGUACGUUAUAUUGAGCAGAGCUUUUACUUUACAGCUCUGCUUCAUAAGGGAAUAGUACGAGCAGCAACAUAACGUAGAAACGCUUUAGAUAAAUCUGCUCCUGUUUUCUGUUGACAACCAGGAUGUUAGGUUGACCUUUGACCUUCUAAACACCUAAAACCUGUCGAUUUCUGCAUGUUGCGUUUACAUCACGCAUUGAGAAAGUAUUUUAAAUGUGUAUAUGAAUAGUUUUGUGUGUUUUCCAGCUGUUUUCGCCUUUGUUCUAUUGUGUUUUGUAAGAAGCGUAACGAUCUGCUGGAAGCUGUCGGCUUUGAAAAGCCUCUGAGGCUGAUGUUGUCUUGUAAAGGUGGUUCUUCUCCAUCUUUUUAAUUUAUCUCGUGCCUUACGAAACACGUGAUCCAGAGAUAAUACUGCAUGGAUACGUGUUGGGAAAGAGGCAGCCGGAUGCUGCCUGUGUCUGAAUGUCUCUUUGACGUCUUUCAAACUGAAUAAAAAGCUUUAAGCUGACAGAAGCAGCACAAA